CAGCGCAGGAGUAACGGCGGAAGUGAGCCGCGGGUGCCGGGACUCUCCGAGUUUUGGUUUUGGUGGAUGCGGCGCGAGGCCAGAUUUGAAUGUGUUUUCAAACGGUCCGAAACGAAACGGCCGAACCCGUAGUCAACGGCCGUUGCCAAGUGCACGACGUAAGCGUGAAUGACUGAAGUGAUUGCAUUGUUUUGGGAUGCAUUUUCUCAUGUUCAGCUAUAGGAAAUUAAAAACCUGAAUGUUGCAGGACUUCAAACAGCAGUCAGACCUUGUCCUCAUGCCAUACUAUGGAUCCUUCUGCACCUGAAGAGUGUUUUCAAGCAUUAAACCAUGCAGAGCAGACUUUUAAGAAGAUGGAAAACUACCUUCGACACAAGCAAUUAUGUGAUGUAGUGCUACUAGCUGGAGACCGGAGGAUUCCAGCUCACAGGUUGGUUCUAUCCUCUGUUUCAGACUACUUCGCUGCAAUGUUCACAAAUGAUGUAAGGGAGGCCAAACAAGAAGAGAUAAAGAUAGAAGGCGUCGACUCAAAUGCAUUGUGGGCAUUAGUUCAAUACGCGUAUACAGGGCGCCUGGAAUUGAAAGAAGACAAUAUUGAAUGCCUAUUGUCCACAGCCUGCCUAUUACAACUCUCACAGGUUGUAGAAGCAUGUUGCGGGUUCCUGAUGAAACAACUGCACCCAUCCAACUGUCUUGGAAUUCGAUCAUUUGCAGAUGCUCAGGGUUGCACUGACCUGCAUAAAGUGGCACACAACUACACGAUGGAGCACUUCAUGGAUGUGAUCAGGAAUCAGGAGUUUCUACUGCUGCCUGCAAAUGAGAUAGUUAAACUGUUGGCUAGUGAUGACAUGAAUAUACCAAAUGAAGAAACCAUAUUGAAUGCACUGCUUAGCUGGGUUCGGCAUGAUGCAGAUAACAGACAAAAAGAACUUAGCAAAUUGCUGGCUUACAUCAGACUUCCUCUGCUGUGCCCUCAGUUUCUUGCAGAUAUGGAGAACAAUAUACUAUUUAGGGAUGAUAUUGAAUGCCAAAAACUUAUCAUGGAAGCAAUGAAAUAUCACCUGCUACCAGAGCGACGAAACAUGCUGCAGAGUCCACGGACUAAACCUAGGAAGUCUACAGUAGGUGUGCUGUUUGCAGUUGGUGGAAUGGAUGCAACAAAAGGUGCCACAAGCAUUGAAAAAUAUGACCUACGUUCCAAUACAUGGACACAUGUAGCAAAUAUGAAUGGAAGACGACUACAAUUUGGUGUGGCGGUGCUAGAUGACAAACUUUAUGUUGUGGGUGGUAGAGAUGGAUUGAAGACAUUAAAUACAGUAGAGUGCUACAAUCCAAAGAGUAAAACCUGGAAUGUAAUGCCUCCUAUGUCUACUCAUAGACAUGGCCUUGGUGUGGAGGUACUGGAGGGUCCUAUGUAUGCUGUAGGUGGACAUGAUGGUUGGAGCUAUCUAAAUACAGUUGAACGAUGGGACCCUCAAGCUCGACAGUGGAACUUUGUCGCCAGUAUGUCAGUGCCACGAAGUACAGUUGGUGUAGCAGUACUUAAUGGAAAACUGUAUGCUGUUGGAGGUCGCGAUGGAAGUUCUUGCCUUAAGUCUGUGGAAUGCUUUGAUCCCCACACCAAUAAAUGGACCCCCUGUGCAUUGAUGUCUAAAAGACGGGGAGGUGUGGGAGUUGCCACCUGGAAUGGUUUCUUGUAUGCCAUUGGAGGACAUGAUGCACCAGCGUCUAACCUCACAUCAAGGCUAUCUGAUUGUGUAGAGAGAUAUGAUCCGAAAACUGACACUUGGACAGCAGUUGCACCAAUGAGUAUCAGCAAAGAUGCAGUAGGUGUUUGCUUACUUGGUGAUAGGCUGUAUGCAGUUGGAGGUUAUGAUGGACAGUCAUAUCUGAACUCUGUGGAAGCCUACGAUCCACAAACUAACGAGUGGAUGCAGGUUGCACCACUGUGCCUUGGAAGAGCUGGAGCUUGUGUGGUCACUGUAAAACUUUGAUUUUUUUUUUAAUGUAGAUUUUGUAUUAUAACCAUUCCACAUUUCAUAGAGAAAUAAAUAUGUGUCAACACACCAACUUUAUUGAAAAAUUAAGGAAAACCAAAAGAUUUAUCAAAUACUAAUGAACGCAAAAGUUAUUGAGACUCUAAAUAUCUAAAUCAUUAAACAGUUCUUCUGAUCCUUGGAGGAUAAUAUCCCAAAAAUGAAUUGGUGUGCACCAUUUAAAACACUGAUGGCAGAAUUUUACUAGCUGCCCACGGACUGGAAUAUAGAUGUGGACCUGUAAAUUAGGAUGUCAUUGGUGUCAUGACAGCUGCCUGCUUGCCCACCCAUGCCUUCACCAUGAUUUUACGGGACCCAUGGCCUAAUUGAAAUAAUUAAGUGGGCAGUUAAUGCCCAAUUAAGGACCUGAAGCCACUGUUGUGAUUUAACAGGUGGCAGGAGGGGCCUGAACAAAUAUGCAGUUUGGCAUAUUUAUUUCUGUGAGCACCUUGUCAGGGAAGAGUUGAGUUGGGGCUGGGGGUGCCUCUUCCCUGGACAUUCUGUGCCACCCGAAGGGCCUCUUCUUCCAUCCCAACAGAUUUGCCUCCCCACGUACAUCCUACCCUGCCCUGCCCUGUCCAAGAUCAUCCUUCUCCCCUCCCCAAACAUCACCUUUAUUGGGAAUGUGAAUCUGGCCCCAACAUGAUCUCAAAUUUGGGUUCUUCUCCCUCACGAUUUGUUUUCCUCCUGAGCUUCUUGUAGUUCUGCAUUGCCACUGAUCCUGGUGGGGAGCAAACCUUUGGACUCUGGUGGCUUCCUCUUGGAGAUGACAUAAGUCCAACCUCAUUCUAAUUAAAGAGCCGUGACCCAAAAAAUUAAAGUGGGGUGAGCUGGCCCAAUGGGAGGAGGAUUAACUAGCACAAUUCGUGCCAGAGUGCAGGUUUUACACCGGUUUAACAUAUAAUCCAAUCCAAAACGGACACUUAUCUGCUACAUUUGAAGUCAAAGACUUUUAUAUAGUGAUGGUUCUUGUAUUGCCUUCCUAAAAUAGAACCAAGAGAUUGUGGACUGAAACUUUAUUUUGAAAUGCCUGCCAUCCCUUUCUUAGAGUUUUGUUCUGGCCCCUAUAUUAAAGGUUCACUGCUCAAAAUAUUUGUUAAGUAGAAAUGAAUUUGUGCAGAGGAACUGAGUCUGUUUAAGGCAUCCAGAAGCACUGCUGUAAUUUUUGCAAUAAUGUUUUAGCUUGUAACCUAAUGUGAUAUUAAUCUGCUUCCCCCUCCGCCCCACCCCCCGACCCCCACCAUCCUCAGGCCUUCCUCUUUGACCCUGACAUAAUUUCUACUUAUAAGUUUUACUCUCUGACCAGUUUUUGAUAAAAGUGCACCAUGCAAGUUGUAGAAUCUCUAGGACUUUUUAAAAAUAUGAUUUUCUUUUCCAUUUGUCUGAAUUGUCUGAUGUAAUGAUGAAUGGAAACAUUACCUGUCUAAGCCUAAUAAUGUUUGGAUCAAGGGCACGUUAUAAGGAUAACUUUCCAUUUCUGAGUUUUCAUUGAGGAGCACCACAUAUGAGGAUUUAGACUUGAAUUGUAGGUGAAAAAUGUUGUGCAGCCAGUCCCCAUUCCAUCUGUUUGUUUCACUGGGCAGAAGAUGAGAUGGGCUCAGUGUGUUAUUCUAAUGUGUACUAUUGUGUGCUAAGAACGCAGAAAUGGAAAAUUAUCCCUUCUAUGUUGUAUUUCAUUGAACUAUUGUCUUAAUGGAAUCUGUUAUUUUUUGACCGUAUUCUAAACAUAUUUCCUUUUUUUAAUCCAAACCGUUUUAAUUAAAAUAAAGUAAAUGCAGGUACAUUUUUUUAAUAUACAGGAAAGUUUAAUAUAUAAAAGAUGCUAUAAAAGGGUUUUAUUUUGUUUCUAAAACCUAUUAAUGUGUUGGUUUUGCUAUUUAUGUGUAGCUUGUAACAUUCCAAGUUUUUUGCUCUUUGACUCUACAAAAUUCUUUUGCACAUUUUGUGUUCUAAGGUGAGCUAUUAACAGACCAAAUAUAGAUUGUGCUCUGAACGUUGUGACUGUUUUAACGCUAGAAAAUAUCUGAAAACUCCCUGUUAUAACGAUGGGUUUUAACUCAUGCCUUAAUCUAAAUCUGCAGUUUACCUUUGUUGUUGUAGUUUAAUUUUGGUUUUUGUUCUUGUAAAACAGUCUAUUUGCUAUCAUGUAUUAUCAGAUAUUAUCAGCACAGAGUUGUGAACCAGAAAGUUCAAUACUAUCAAAGGAGUAUUGAUUUUAUAUACCACUCUCCAUCUCAGGUGCAGUUGAAUAGCUGAUGAAUUUUCACGAGUUGUAGGUUUGAUUUAAACUUUUUUUUAACUUCUAACUGACUUGGGCAAGAAAGCAAACAAACACAAUUUUACCUCUGUUCCAUGAUCCUCUACUUCAUGGAGUUUUUGUUUUGACUUCCAGGAGGUACAAAUUAAAAGCAGUAUGCCAUAAUCCUGACCAUAAUGGCUUGACUACCAACUGUUUUACUUUGUGUCCAGUUUGAUUUUGAGUUAUUUGAUUGUAUUAUGUUUGGAACUAUUUUAUUGUGAAUAUUCACUUUGGUAGAGUUACCUGCUUUAAGAAGUCCGUACAAACCACUUUUUGUGCCUUGAUCAGAACUGAUAACUUUGUUCCUACUAAUUUUCCUUAAGCUGUAUGUUUUGGGUUAACAAUUAUACCUGACACUUGCUAGUUAUCAUUUAUGCAGAACACUGAAUUGUGAGAUAUUGAUGAUAUUGAUUUACUCCAUAAGAAAUUAUGUACUGAUGUAUGUAAUUUUGUUGAAUUGUACAGUCACAGAAGUACUUGACUAAGGAUUUAUUCUUUCAUUUAUAAUUGACAAUAAUUGGUUCACUACUUUUUUCUAUUUCAGUGUAGAUAGCCAGUUGACUUCCAGGAUCAGUGCUUGAACAAUCUAUUUAAGAUUAACCUGAAAAUUAUGAACCACUUUUCCACUUCUAAACUACUAGCUCCUUCCAGCUAUGUACAAAUUCAUUUUUUUUCCUCUUUAGAUCCUCUUCGUUCCUAAAUAACACUGAUAUGUGAUGUAACAAAAAAACAUGCAACCAUGGCUAAUUGCUUUCCUUUGAAAUCCUUUACUUUUAAAGUGAUAACAUCCAAUCAUAUCCUGCAGUUGGUAAUUCUGAAGUCGCAUUCCUUGUUUUCUUCCAUAUAACUUUUACUUGGCUGAUUUAUUUUGCAUUUGAAUCAUGAAUCACUAAUUAAGUGUUGCCUUUAUCUCAUAAUAGACCAAAUAACUAUUUGAUAGGAAUAGAGAAUGAACAGUUGAAAUUUUAACACAAAAGAUCCCUUCAGGAGAGUGGUGGAAUAUAGAAAAUAAAGCAUCAGGAUGGCCACAAUCAGUAGGAGUGAAGUAGUUUUAGGGUGGUUAUUGCUGUCAGAAAUUAGCAGUGUUUUAUUACCUAAUUUAUAAGCUCAUGUAUACAAAUUCUUCCAAGAAUUUCUAAAAUGACAUCCAAAGAAAGAUUAGGUAAAGGAAAGGAGCAUUUCAAAAGGUAAUUAUUGAGAAUACGAAGAACCAGCAUAAGAAAAAUGAACUCUUCUAAGAGAUAAGUUAAUUUGAGAGGAUAAAAAGGCAUAAAGUAGGCUUAUUCCAGGAAAUAUCUGCUUGGUUUUUGUAUGUAAGGUCAGAAGAGAGGAAGUGAAAUCCCACUCAUGAACACACGAUCUAGAGUGAUACUGUCAGUACAGUACUAAGGGUGGUUCUAUAGUCAAGUUGUUGUCCUUUGUAUAAUGUAUUAAAGCAAGGCCCCUGCCUGUCUGUUUGAAUAAUUCAAGUAGCAAACCCAUGGAAAUAUUGUAAGGUGCGCAGAGUUCUCCUAGUACUCAGAUAAACAUUUCUCUCGCAAUCAUUAUUACUAAAAAAAAAUUGAUCAACUUAUUGCUGUUGGUAGGACCUUGCUGUGUACAAAAUGUUUAAAUAUGUAUCAAAAGUCACUACACUUAAAAAUAAUUCACUAUCUGUGAUAGUGACAUUCAGGUUGUAAACCACAUUAUAUGCACCAUUAUUGUAAAGGUAAUAUUUUAUCAAAUUAAAUUUCUAUCCUUCGACUUUAAUUAAGUUGAUACCGAGUUCCUUCAGCUUGUUGAUUUAAAAGCUGUGAGCAAGCUUUUAAUUCUCUACGGACAAUCGAUCUGUUUCAAAAUAAAGGAAAAGUACAUCGCAGUUUGAUAUUUUACUGCUAUAUAGUAUCUGACACAAAGUAUGGUGUAAUUAUAUUAUCAGAUUGCUUGGUGCCUGGAUACACAUUUUGUUAUACUCAGAUCCCUGGUAGUUUUGAUGAAAGAUGUAUACAAAAUGGUUGCACAGUGUAUGGUAGCAUGUAUUGCUAGACAGUAAUAUUUGUGUUUAAAGUGUGUUCAAUAUAAACAUUCUUAAUUAAACUAAUGUCUAAUCUAUUGGUAGACUGAUACGUGUUGCUAUAGUGUUAUGAUUCACAGUUACAAAAAGCUGUAUUGUAUAAGUGCAGUUAUUUAUCUUCCCUCUUUAAUUGACCACCUCAUAACAAUCAUAAUUUAUGUAACACUCCAGAACCAAGCUAAGCUAAUUGCAGAUAAAUGUCACCUGUAUGUUGUAUUGCACUAAUUUAAGUUCUGUUUCACCUUGAAGGAUUUCUGUUUAACUGAUCAUAGCCUGUAGAGCAAUGGUAUUUGAUCCUGAGUUUAGUUACUGACCCCGUAAACUCUGUCACCAAGAGUGCCUGAACCUAUCCAUUUAAUAUUGCCUGUUUCAAUCUGGACUCAAUUUAACUGCUCUUGAAACCUUCACCUAUGCCUUUGUUUUCACUAGACCUAACUGCUCACACUUUCUGGUAACAAAAAAGCAACAUACCAUGGCUACUAGAAAUCUGAAAUAACAACAGAGUGCUAGAAAUUUUCAAUGGCUGUGGCAAUGUGUAGAGAAAGAGUUAACAUUUCAAAUUGAAGAAAGGCAAGGUUGAGGAAGCCUUUUCAGCAAUUUGUGACCAGGAUGAAAGUGUUCGAGUCUCCUGAUUCAGUAUGGUCUUUGACAUAGGAUUCUCAUACGGCGUUCUGUAACCAGAAGAUGGAUAAAUGCAAGAAGAUGAGCAACACUAGUGCCGCCAGCUAAGUCAUUGUCAACAAUUUUGUAAGAGAAACAAAAGUGGGUUUAAAGUGUUUUCUAUUAGAUGACAGAAGAUGGAAAGUGUCCAAAGCUGCAAUGCCACCAAAGAAAGUAUAAAAGAAAUGCAGUAGUUUACAAGGAAAUUGUACUCAGCAGUGAUAUUGCAAAUGUGCAUUGCUUCCUCCCUAGUCGAUCAGAUGAAGUUUGUGCUACUUCCUAAAAAGGUUAUGGUGUGCAAAAAAUGUACAUAUAACUUAGUGACAGCCUUGUAAGAUAUUGUUUUGCACCAUGGUAGUCAACUGUGUUCAACUGGACUGGUGUGGCUUAGGAGAGUCCCACGCUGCAAUAGCUGCCUCUGCCACAUUUGCUGCAGAGGAGGACUAGGCUGAGAACACAUGAGAAAUUAUGAGCAUCUAUUUUCUCCAGGAACUCUUCUCAACUGGUUGAGCUUUAUAUUUUUUCUCAUCUAUUCCAAAGUCUGCCCAAACAGUCAACCCCAGGAAGUAAUGGACAUCAGCAACUGUCUAUCAGUUAUCAGUGUCAAUGUUUGCCGUAUUAUCUUGCUUGCAGGUUUCUUUGAGGCAGGGAUAUGGAUGCCCAUGUGGUUGCAUCCCAGUACCCAGUUAACCAUGCAGAAGGCCUUUGAGUAUCAUCGAUCCAAGGAAUGUGGCUAAGCUGACAUCAUUGGCUGGGCAACCAAGUAUCCUGAUGGAAGUUAGCAUAUUCCAGGAUCUCCUUAGGUGGUGAACAUGCCCUGCCAAAGGAUGCCAGGGAUGUGCCUGAGAUUGCAACAAUGGAACUUGUCUAACCUUUUCUCCUGCUUAACAUAUGUUGUUCAAGUUUUACCAUUGUAGACAGAUAUUCUGAGGAUGCAGGUUUGGUAAUCUUGCUGUUUGGUGUUCUCCGUGAGUUUGCUGUUGUUUGCAGUUUGAUGUCCUCAGUGAGUUUGCUGCUGUUCCACAUACUUACUCUGCUUGGACAUAACAGCUGCAGCAUUUGUGAUGCAUCUGUUCAGUGUCAAGCGUCAGAUUGCUAGUGAUCAUGGAACCUAGAUGUGUAAACUACUACGACCUCUAGCAUCACGUUGUCAAUGCUGAUAGCAGGUAGUAUGACCACAUCCUGGACCACAACUUUUGCCUUCCUGAUGCUGAUUAUCAAAUCAAACUGAGAAAAUUUAUCUAUUUACUGAUAAAAGUCUUCCUCAGUAAGGAAUGCUGUGUGUUAUUGUUAGCAUAGAGCAACUCACUGAUGAGAUAUUGGUGCACCUUUGUCUUGGAUCUGAAAGGAGGAAGGUUGAUAGUUUUCAUCAGUCUGAUCAGUAAGUAAACAUCCUUUGUAGAAGACCUGAAGGGAUAUGACAGGGAUUUGAGGUGGAUGUAUUCAGCCAAGAUCUGCAGACUGAAAAAGGGCAAAUACUGUUCCCACAAUUCUUACCUGAGAGAUGCUUUAUAUUUGUUGUAGUCGAUCCAGUCACUUUGAUCUUGUACAAUGGCAGAUUUUAUUAUCGUGCAUUUUCUGGGGCACUGUCCUCUGCAGAUUUUACAGGAGUGCUAGUUUCUUAUGCUUGAUAGUUCAGGCAGCCUAGCAUAAACACUUGAAGCUUUUGUUCAUAGCAAGUGAGUCAAUGGCUUUGCUAGGUUCUGCUAAACUGUGUGUUGGAUAUUCAGCUAGGUCAAAUCAGGCAGGCUUUAUCUAGUGCCUCAAACUACCUUUGUGAUGGUGUUCUCCCUGGAGUACACCUCAGGGCAGUGUUCCACCAAUCUGUCCCAACUGUUUAUCAUAGCCAGUGAUGACUACCCCUCCCUUUGUUCUUAAUAGAGCCAUUUUCUUUGCUGAGGGACUUGUUGCCUUUUUAACUUCUGCAUACAUGCCCCUGAGAAGAGUAAUAUUUUAUUCAAAACAUUAACUCUGUUUCUCUCUCCACAGAUGCUGCCAGAUUUGCUCAGUUCCUUGAAUAUUUUCUGUUCUUAGUUUAUAUUCUCUCUGAGCCAGUCUUCCUCCUUCAACCCUUUAUAAACUUGAGCUCCUCCUAUAGUCAUGCCCAUAUGCUCACUCUCUCAAAAUCCUGUUCAGCCAUCUGCCCGCUGCCCUAUACUGAUUCUGUGUCCGGCAAACUAGACUCAUAGUCAAAUAUGUCCCUGGCUUGUUCCUUCCCACCUUUCUAACUCCCUUCAACACAGGGUAAAUGUGGAAACAUGUCCCCUCAAAUUUGCUCUGUCAUUCAAUGAGUUCAUGGCUGAGCUGAUAAUCCUUAACUCCACUUUUCUGCCUUUCCCUUAUAAACUUCAUUUCCCUACCUGAUGUCCUCACUUACAUGACUUGAGAAAUAGCAGCAGAAAUAGUUAUUAAAACACCUGAAACAUGCUCUGCCAUUCAGUGGCCAUCAUGGCUUAUCCUGACGCUAUAACCCUGACUCCUCUGUAGAUCAGAAAUCUAUUUAACCCAACCUUGACUUGAAUUUCUGAGAGUAAAGAAAUUCCUCCUCAUCUCUGCCAUAAAAGGGAGACUUCUUAUUCUGAAAUCUUGCUCCUUAGUUCUAGAAUCCCCCAAAGGGAAAUGGCCUUUCUCCAUUCCCCAAUCAAGUAGUCUCUCAAUCAUGUAUGUUUCAAUAAAUUUACUUGAUUCUUCCAAACUCCGAUAAAUGUUGGCCAACCUUUCCUCAGAAGAAACCCCUCAGACCAGGAAUCAACCCAUGAUUUUCUUCUAAAUUACCUUCAAUGCAAGCCUAUCCCUUCUUAAAUAUGGAGAACAAAAUUGUACAUUGAACUCUAGUUGUGAUCCCCCCAAUGCCCAGUAUGGUCAUAGCAAUUCUAAAUCUACUUUUAAACUACGUUUCCUAUGCAAGAGGGUCCAGCAUUCCAUUUCUAAUUAUUUCUUCAACCGGACACUAAAGUUUUGCAAUUCAUGUAUGAAGACACCGAGAUUCCUCUCUACAGCAGAAUUCUUUAGCACUCUCUAUUUACUCUCUCUUACUGGGACAAUAUUUAUUGCCUAUUCCUAAUUGCCCUGGAGAAGGUGGUGGUGACUACUUUUUUGAACUGCUGCAGUUUAUUCAGUGUAGGUACAUCCACAAUACUGUUCAGGAAGGAGCCCUGGGAAUUUGACGGAACAGCAAUGUAGUUCCAUGUCAGGAUCGUGAGUGGCUUGGAAAAGAACUUGCAGGUGGUGUUGUUACCAUGUAUCGUCUGCCUCAGUCUUCCUAAAUAGUGGUGUGGGUUUGGAAAGUGUUGUUUAAAGAUUCUUGGUUAAUUACUGCAGUGCUUCUUGUGGAUGGUACACACUGCUACUACCAAGCUUCAGUUGUAGAAGGAGUAAUAUUUGUGGAUGCCAUGCGAAUCAAGCAGGUAGCUUUGCCCUGGAUGGUGUCAAGGUUCUUCAGUGUUGUUAGAAGCUGCAGUCUUCCAGACAUAUGGGGAGUAUUCUGUCUCAUUUGUGACUUGUGUCUUGGAAUCCUGUCCAACAUCUACUUGUCUCUGGCUCCUCUUGUAACUGCUAUUUGACCAAACUACUCAGUUUCAGGUCAAUGGUAACUCCCAGGGUGUUAAUGGUGGGGUAUUCCACAAUGGUAAUUCCACUGAGUUUCAAGGAACAAUCAUUAGAUUCUCUCUCGUUUUAGAUGGUCAUAGCCCAGCUCAUUUUGUUAUGAAUGUUACUUGGCAUUUGUCAGCCCAGGCCUGGAUGUUGUCCAGGUCUUGCUGCUUUUGGAAAUGAACUGCUUCAGCAUCUGAGGUAUUACAAGUGAUGCUGAAAAUUGUACAAUCGUUGGCGAGCAUCCCCACUUUUGACCAUGUGAUGGAGGUAAAGUCAUUGAUGAAGCAGCUGAAGUUGGGUGGGUCUAGCAGAGGAACUCUAGCAGAGAUGUCCUGUAACUGAAAUGAUUGACCUUAAACAACCACGUUCGCCUUCACUUGCGCUAGGUAUUUCUCCAGUCAGUGAUGUCCCCCCCCCCCGAUUCUCAUUGACUCUGGUUUUGCUAGGGCUCCUUGAAUACAGACUCUAUCAAAUGCUACCUUGCUGUCAACGGCUGUCAAUCUGCCUCACCUCUGGAAUUCAGCUCCAUAUCCAUCUGCCAAGUAUUUUCCCAGUCACUUAUCCUAUCUAUAUCUGUUUCUAAUCUCUUUGGGAGUGAGAUGCUGAGAACUCAUUUCCCCCUGGUUAGGGUCAUCCAGGACGUUGGAGCACCCUCUCUGCAAGGAACUGAUUUUUAGCACUGAGAUUAGGAGAAAUUUCUCCCCUCAAAUUGUUGUAAUUCUUUGGUGUUUGCUGCUCCUGAAGGCUGUGGAUCAUGUCCUGCACCAAGUGCUUGCUCUUAGGUGAGUCUUAAAUAUGAUUUUUCUUUCUCUCUCUGUAAAAGUUUCAGUGUCUAUUUAUUUCUUAUGAAAUAACCAAAUGCACCCAGUGUUGUUUUCCACCAGCAAAAAUAUCUUCUUUGGACCUAUCAUCCAGUAAUCUGAUGCCUCCCAUCCUUGGGGGUGCUUGGCCAGCAGCUGGCCUCCAUUUUCAUUAGUAUACUUUUCAUCCAGCAGUUUGCUUUCUUUCCCAUCCGGCAUUGCAGUGUCAAUACAUGAAAGCACAAAGUUAGAGAUAUUAGAGUCAUAAAUGCGGAAAUAGACCCUUUGGUCCAACUCAUCCAUGCCAAACAAGUUUCUCGAACUAAACUUGUCCCACUUGCCUGCAUUUGGCCCAUAUCCCUCUCAACCUUUCCCAUUCAUGUACCUGUCCAAAUAUCUUUUAAAUGCUGUACCUGCAUGUACCACUUCCUUUGGCUGUUCAUUCCACAUACGAAGCCACCCUCUGUGUGGAAAAAGUUGCCCUUCAGGUCCCUUUUAAAUCUUUCUCCUCUCACCUUAAAAAUAUGUCCCCUAGUUUUAAACUCCCGUACACUAGAGAAAAAACCUUUGCUAUUCACCGUAUCUAUGCCCCUCAUGAUUUUAUAAGGUCACCCCUCAAAGGAGAAUAUAAAGGGAUGUGAGAAAGAUUGAAAUAAGGGAAAAUUAAGAAAAAUGAGUGAAUUAAAGAAGUAGUGAGGUUGAGAAAUAGACAAGAAUAGGAAGGUUGAGAGAUAGCAAGUGAAGAAGGAGUGAGGGAGUGAACACAGAAUAGAGCAUGAUGAGCAACAAGCUCUGAAGCCAAGAAGACUAAAGGCUGAACUUGUGUGUCACUGGAUUUGCAAUGGAAACCUUUCUGGAACACCUGUGCAAUGUCCAAUGUGCCCAAACUGUUUCUGGUAUAUUUUAAAUUUGAAGGCUUACCUUGAGGGUGGUUGGCAAAAUACCACAAUGAAUAUUUGUCACAGAAUUUCAAUUUUGUUGUGCAAUGACUUCUGAGUUUUUCAUUGAUGAGGGAGCUGAAACUUGGGGGGAGAAAUGAAGUAUAAAAUAACCACGGUUGAAUAAAAAUAACUUGAGCAAAGAAGAAAUUGAAAUAAAAACAGACUUGAUUAUUUUGACUGGCAUAUGAUGUAUUUAUCGAAUCUGCCUAACACAAGACAGUUGUGUUCCAAUGUAGUUUUUCAUAUUAUGCCUGGACCACACUGCCAGUGGAGGUGGUAGAAGCAGGCACGUUAGCAACGUUUAAGCGUAUCUUGAUAAACAUGUGAACAUGAGACAAAUAGAAGGAUAGAUACCACACACGAGCAAUAGGUAGCAGGUCUAAAUAAAGAUUAGGAAUCAAACAUGGGCUUGGUGGGCUGAAGGGCCUGUUCCUGUCCUGUAUUGUAUAUUGAUCCAUGCUAUUGAAGAAUACAUAAUUUUUGUAAAAAACCUUUCAAAGAUAAAUAACUGCACAUUUUAAAAAUAAGCGUAAUGUAUUAGGUACUUUGUAUACUUGUUUGAAACAUAUACACAGUUUUAACUUUUUUUUGGAACAUUCCAGGUUUGUCCACUGUAAAUCAAAAUGAUAUUGAGCUUCCAUUCUUAUUGUAAAGUAUAUCUAAAUGUAUUGGUACCAAGAAAUUUAUAAAUAAUGGAUAGUACUUAUAAAAUGCCUGUGAUAAUGUGUUCGUUUGUAAAACACCUUGCGGGAGCAACCUUUUUUCUUUUCCAACUCUAUUAAACAAUACAGGUACUGAAAUCUGCAAAUUAGUAUGUUAAUAAAAAUUUGUAUUAAUGAUAAGACAAUAAUGUGAAGUUUCUGUAAAAUAUAUGGUGUUAAAUAUAUUAUGAGAUCUGGUUGUACUGUAUCCAAAGCUGGAUAUGAAACUCUGUAUUGAUUAUCAUUCCGUGAUAAAUUCCUUGAUUAAAACAUAAUCUGAGUAUCACUGAGAAAAGAGACAUGCUGUGCAAGCUGCUUAAUGCAAUAAAGUCAAAUUUCAAUGGGGAACAUUAUUUUAUAUUGCGUGAGAAAAGGGUGCUGAUUGCAUACAUUUUGCCUUCUUAAAGAAUCUGUCUGGGCAUUGCAACUUCUGGUUUUAAAAAAAACAAAAACGUGAGAACAAUAUUGAUGAAUUCUCUGUGACAUCACUACAGCCAAUGAUUUGCCAAUCAAUCAGAACAUUUUUCUCAUGCAGCUUAUAUUGUUGCUGUCCUUUGAAAUUUGAUAUUCUUGCUGCUUUUCUGAUGAAUGCAAAAUGAAAAGGUUUAACAGGACGUCUCCUUUUCUUCAGGAAUUCUCAAAUUCUGUAUUGCCAAGCAACCAAUUAAAACAUAACUAUUGUUGCCUUCCAUUUGCUUCUAUAGGUAAGAAUGGUCCAUUGAAAUCUAUUUCUUUUAGAACAAUGACAUGAUUAAUUUAGCAAAGAUAAACAUCUAUUGUAAUUCGUCAACUAAACUAUUUGUUUUUAAAAAUACCUAAACAAUGCUACUUCCUGUCAUUAAUGAGCACAUUUUUAAUCAACUACUAAUGCAAAAUCAAGAAACAGUUAUGCAGGCUUGCAGCCAACCACAUUACUCUUUUCAUUUGUAAACAAAAGGUUUAAAAUUGUCUAUUUACUUGGUAGUUAUAUAUCUUUGUAAUAUGUAGUGCUCAAUGUGUGGAAACAAAAUCAAUAAUUCACAAAACAAGAAAAUCUUUACAGUUCAAGAAUUUGUUCAUUUUGUGUACACCCUUCAGCACAUUAUUGCAAUUCUGAUUGCUUAAGGUAGUUUUUGUGUUUACUUGUACUGCUUCCCUUUUGGACUUGGCUGACUGCUAUUGUUGACCCAACUUUUUAUAAAAACAAUUUGCAUUACCUGUUAUACCUUAAUUAGUUUCCUGUGGCAUUGGAGAAUACAUGAUGUGUCAGCUUCAGGAUAACAUAAGAACAACCUCAGGAAGGCCUGUACGGAUAAAUUGUGUUUAUUUUACAUGCUGUAAAACUUUAACUUCAACGUAUAUGUUUAAAGGAUUCAAAUAAAAUGUAAUUGAUAAUUUA